GCACAGCAGCCGGAUCUGUCCUUCCAGGACGAGCGCGGUGAGACGGCUUGGAGUCUUGCUUCCCUUUGGGGAAACAAGCCCCAUCUUUUCCGCAGCCUCCGCAGGCACGUUCCAACCUCGGAGCCUCCCAGCGCAUUGCUCCUCUUCGAUGGCCUCCUGCUGCGGCCCGUGGAGCGCGUGAACCGGACGCUGCUGUCGCCUAGUGGUGGCAAGGAUCUUGAGGUUGUCAGCCACACGCAGCUGACUGUGGAGUUUCUCACGGCCACGCUUUGGUCUUGGAAGCAAGCUGGCUAUAUGUUGCACGAUGCGGGCACAUUCUUUGCCGACCACGAACUGUGCGAUCACGAGCUCAGCAUCCAGCGAGUGAAUGGUCAGCCUUGGAUCGCACAUCCUGAUGGCCUGAAUCAUCUGCGGCCGAACGAUUUGAUCAAGCUGAAGGAUCGGAGGCAGGUUCGACGCCUCUUCGACUGGCAGCAGGAGGGUUGGACGGUCAAGGCCGAGGGCGGCGACGUGAGAUUCUGCCAUUCGGGCGCGAAGAAGAUCCAG